GAUGUUGUCCGUAUGGAAAUGCCCCGUGCGCGCCACCCCACCGUACAUCCUGCUCCAAAUCCUAAGUUUUCAUUUUGAGUUCUAGUUCUACUCUCACCCACGACGCAUGUUCCUCCAACUGCACUGUAAUGAAUGGAACCUCUUUAAAUUUCAUCCGCAAACGAGUCUUAGCAUCCAAAGCCCGUAACUUGAUCCGCAUAUAUUCGUCACAAUCAGUUUUUAACAUCGUUGAUUCCCAUCAAGCUCAAAAAAUUUCUUCGGAGGAUUUCACCAGCCGGUUUCUUCUAAUUCUGCGGACUCUUCGCAACCCAUCCGAUCUGCAGAGAGGCCGCCAGGUUCACUCUCAGGUUGUUUCAUACGGCCUCAUGGCCGACAAUCUCCUCGAAAGCAGCAUUCUUGGUAUGUAUGUGAUGUGCAGAAGCAUUUCUGAUGCAAAAUCCUUGUUUUUCUCCGUGGGAAAAGAUUCAACUUUGAUCUGGAAUUGGAUGAUUCGCGGAUUCUCCAUGAUUGGUCUGUUUGAGUUCAGCUUAUUGUUCUAUUUCAAGAUGCUUUGCGCUGGAAUCUUCCCUGAUAAAUACACAUUUCCUUAUGUGAUCAAAUCCUGCUGCGCCUUAUCGGCAUCUACUUUGGGUAAUUACAUCCACAAGAUGAUUUCCUUGAUGGGAAUGGAGAAAGAUGCCUUUGUGGGAAGUUCUUUGAUAAAAAUGUAUGCUGAAAACGGUUCUGUUGAGGAUGCAAGGAAGGUGUUUGAUGAAACGCCUGAAAGAGAUUGUGUGUUGUGGAAUGUGAUGAUGGAUGGUUAUGUCAGAGUUGGGGAUGCUGAACAUGCUUUCGAGAUCUUCAGAUGGAUGUUGAGCUCAGGAACUAAGCCAAAUUAUGUAACUUUUUCUUCGAUUCUAUCUCUCUGUGCUUCGCAAGCAUUACUGAGUUAUGGAGCUCUGAUUCAUGGCCUCACAAUCAAACUCAGCCUCGAUUCAGAGAUCUCCGUUGCAAACACACUGCUAGCAAUGUACUCCAAAUGCAGAUGUUUGAGCGAUGUGAAUCUGUUGUUCGGUUUGAUGUCGAAAUCCGAUGUUGUUACCUGGAACGGAAUGAUAUCUGGUUUGGUUCAAAAUGGAUUAAGGAACGAAGCUGUUGAAUCGUUCUACAAGAUGCAGGAUGCCGGUAUAAAACCAGAUUCUAUCACUCUCUCAAGUUUGCUCCCCUCCUUCUCCGACUCAGCAAAUCUAAAGCAAGGCAAGGAAAUUCAUGCUUACAUUCUCAGAAACAAUGUUUGCUUUGAUUUGUUCUUGAAGAGCGCGCUGAUCGAUAUAUAUUUCAAGAGCAGAGAUGUAGGACUCGCAAACAAGGUUUUUAACAUGAAUGGAGCAAUGGAUGUUGCGAUAUGCGGCGCCAUGAUAUCCGGCUAUGUGCUGAAUGGAUUGAGCGACGAAGCUUUACUGAUGUUUCGCAGGUCGCUGAAGGAGCGAAUUAGACCCAAUGGCAUCAUGUUGGCUACCGUUUUACCUGCUUGUGCUUGCCUUGCAGCUUUACGAUUAGGGAAAUUACACUGUUAUGUUCUUAAGAAUGGAUUUGAAGGAAUUUGUUAUGUGGCGAGUUCUCUGAUCGAUAUGUAUGCAAAAUGCGGACGACUGGAUCUCGGCCAUGGAAUUUUUGAGAAGAUUUUGGACAAAGAUACUGUGGCUUGGAACUCCAUGAUUGCAAACUUUAAUCAAAAUGGGGAACCAGAAGAGGUUUUCAAUAUGUUCUAUCAGAUGAGAGCUGAGGGGAUGAUGUGUGAUGCUGUAACCAUAUCCUCCAUUCUAUCAGCUUGUGCGAGUUUACCUGCGCUGAAUUAUGGGAAGGAGAUCCAUGGCUUCAUGAUCAGAGCUGCUUUCACAGCAGAUUUGUAUACUGAGAGUUGUCUGAUAGAUAUGUAUGGCAAAUGUGGGGAGUUAAACAUCGCUCGUCGUGUUUUUGAUUCGAUGAAGGAGAAGAACGAGGUGUCCUGGAACAGCAUUAUUGCCGCUUAUGGAGCCCAUGGCUUGGUUGAUGAAGCGGUUAGCUUGUUUCAUGAGAUGGAGAAUGUUGGGUUUUUGCCCGACCACAUUACUUUCCUCACAUUGAUAUCGGCUUGCAGCCACACUGGCCGGAUCAAAGAGGGGUUUGGCUUCUUCAGUCACAUGAAAGACUUUGGCAUAUCUGCAAAGAACGAGCAUUAUGCAUGCAUGGUUGAUCUGUAUGGCCGUGCUGGAGAACUACAUAAAGCUUACAACUUUAUAUUGAAUAUGCCGUUCGAAGCCGAUGCUGGGAUUUGGGGCGCAUUGCUUGGAGCUUGUCGUGUGCACCGCAAUUCCGAGCUUGCGGAGAUUGCUGCUAAGCACCUGUUCGAGCUGGAUCCUGGGAAUUCUGGAUACUAUAUUUUGAUGUCGAAUGUUCAUGCCGUCUCUGGUCAGUCGGAGGGGGUUCUAAGAGUUAGGAAGAUGAUGAAAGAAAGGAAUUUGCAGAAGUUUCCGGGUUGUAGCUGGUUUGAAGUUAACAACACGAAUCACAUGUUUGUCUCAGGUGGCAAAUCUCAUCCAGAGUAUGUGUGUAUCUAUUUAUUGUUGAAGGUGUUGGUUUUCGAGCUGAAGGAGGCAGGCUAUGUUCCCAAUCCUGAUUGCUUGUAUCUAAUGGAUGCAUGCUCUGGUAAGCAGAUGAGUGUUUGAGAGCUUGUGACAAAGUCAGAAAGGGAUGGCGUAAGGCAUCAACGUCACAAUGUCCAGAGAGAAAGUCACCAGAACCUUCAUCAGGUUUGGGGACAGCUCAUGAAGAUAGGCCACCAGAACUCCUGAUUUGCUCAUCAGGUUCGUGCCCUC